ACUCUCGUUUUCGAACUUUCGUAAAACAUAUAAAGUUCGCAUCGAAAAAAUGCAUAUUGGCGUGGCAGUAACGAAGAUAAUUACAGACAAGUGCAUCCUUUGAUGAGUUGCCACUUAAACUAUUAAUUUACCAGUUUUUUAUGAGUGCUAGAAUCACCAUCAAUCAAACAAACGAAAAAUGAGAACACUGUACGUAGAUAUAUUGCCUAACGUGUCACUUUGAAUGAAAUACAUCGAUAUAUUUAUACUGCACGAUUAGAAUAUGGAAAUUAAAGAAAAAAGUAAUAGAAAAAUAACAACAGGCAACUCCAAUGGGUCAGGUCAGAGAUGAAUGACAGAAAGUGAGGAGGUCAGGUAGUUGACCCAAGUCCUGCUCUCUCUCAACAUCAUGAUGACCUCUCACCUCUCUAAGAAAAUUGCGUGCAUCGUUUUUAUUUUGUCUAUAGCAAAGGCAUACAAGACGGAGGAGCCUACACCUGGAAGCAACCUGGAGAGAGAAUUCAAGGCGUUGUCCCUGGAUCUCCUGCACACCGUCAGGAGGAGCGACUUCAGAUGCCCUACCGUGUGCACGACGCUCCUCACCACGACCUGCCAGAGCGAGUGCGAGCGCCGUGGUCUGCCGUCGCUUCCUUGUCGUCUUUUUUGUUAUUCCUCUCAAGUCACCUGCUGCCACUGCCCCGAAUUCUGCCACUUUCCGUUCCAAGACUGUUAUGCGAGGUGCCUGCUUCACGAUACUGCUUGUAAGGACAGAUGCCUUCAAACGGUCCAGUCUUGCUGUUCCAACUCAGGGAAGUAGAUUAUAGAAAACGUGGUCGGUGGAAGGGGUGACUGAGGCUAAUUAAUGGUGGGUAAUUUGCAACCGUGAACGAAGAAAUGUGUAAUUAGCGAAGUGACGUUUUGACAGUUCCUUUGGGUUGAAUUUCUUCGAGUUUAUAUUUCAUUGAUUACUUCGUAUGUAGCCUAUUUGUGUGUAUGUUAUUUUCCGUAUAAUCCUUACAGAUGAAUAAAGAAUGUAUAAGUCAUUAA